AUGGGUGAAAUCUGGUGGUCGCUUUUGGGGGCGGCGAUUCCUAUAGUGGUUGCAGGGCAAGCGUUUCGGGUGAAGAAACGGCACGCAGAGGAGCAGAGGCUGAAGAGUGCUCGAGGGAGGGAAAGGAGUUCUGAUGAAAUUUUCGUGUGUGAGAGGGUUUGCACGUCGAAGAGAAUGCUCAAGAAGGUUGGCUCCUUCUCCAAAGACCCCAUUCCCGAUACCUGUGUCACCGUUUGUGGUGUUUCCGAUCUUGAUGCCUGUGCUGAUGCCUGUGCCCGCACUGUUUGUGUCAACCAACAUCAAGUGCCUAAUUGGAAUGACAUUUGCCUCAGGAGGUGCCAGAGUGAAUGCCUCAAACUCUCUUCCCAGUCUUCCUAG